UACCGGGUUACAGCUCCGCCUUCUCCACCAAGCUUUAGUGCUCUCUCCGCCCACUAUGCGCAUGGUUGGCAGCCAACAUGAAGCCGAUUGGCUGAUUCAGCUGUCGGAGCCACGCUGUCUUUACUUUUUCGCGUUCUGAUUGGCUAAUGGUGCUGAACUACCUCGCCAUUGGGUUUCAUUGCUGCCAGUCGGAGGCGGGUUAUUUUCUGUCGCUGUCGGACUCGGGAUGCGGCGCUGCCUCCAUAGUGGCUGCAGUAGAGACCACCCCGCCGCCACCGAGAGUCCCGGCCCACGGCAGCCGCUGCCGGAAGUCAGUAAAGGGGUGGCAGGAAACGCACGGGCCUUGUUGCCUCCGCUUUGGGACAAUCGGAUUUUAUAGUGUGGAGAAGGCGAAGACAAGGCCGGAAGGUUCUGGGCCGUUCCGAGGGGCAAGGGAUGUUUCUGAGCUGCGGGCCGGUUUCACGGACGGACAGAGGCAACUUCACUUACGGAGCGAAUGUUGAGCUGUGAGCAGUGGGGCCAAUUUAUGUUGAAAUCGGAGAUAUUUCCUCUUUUUCGUGGGUCGCUCUUGUGAUCCCAUUGCCUUGGAACCGGAACGUCGUCGGCACUUACAGGCAUCCCGACACUGGAAAUAUGCUUUAAUUCCCAUGUUUCUUUAAACCGGUAAACUUUCAUCUUUCACCAUGGAGAAUGGGGCUCAGAGAUAUCAUCAUUAAGGUCAGUUGAUCAAUGGAAAAAGUGGAAAAGAUGUGGAACACCUUCAAGUACCGAUGCCAGAAUCUCUUCAGCCACGACGACGAUGCAAACCAAAAUGACGCAGUCGAUGUUAACGCAAACAGAUGUUUACGAGGGAUGGAUAAAAUUGAAAAUGCCUCUGACCAGUCUGCCAGGCUUUCUAUUGGACCAUUGCAACAGAACAUUACCUCUGAGCUAAGCCCCGGUCCCAGCGGGAGCUCAAGUAGGAGGAGUCAGAACUGUGUUAGUGAAAUGCCCCAAGUUGUUGAGAUCAGUGUAGAAAAAGAUAAUGACUCUGGGCUGAGUGCCGGCACCCGGCUAGCUCGCAGGGACUCUUACACCCGCCAUGCGCCCUGGGGUGCAAAGAAAAAACAUUCUUGCUCCACUAAAACUCAAAAUUCUUUCGACCCUGACAAAAAAAUCUGCAGAACAAGGAGUGGCCUACAAAGGAGAGAAAGAAGACACGGAACAAGCUCUGUCCAUGACAUGGAGACUAUGGGGAGCAGAGCUGUAGGGAGUCACAGCUUAAGGCAAAGACUUAAUGAGACUGUUGGCCUGUGUUUCCCAAUCAGAACCUAUAACAGACCAUCAAAGCCCCUCUUUACUAACAAGAGAAAAAUACAUCUGUCUGAGCUCAUGCUCGAGAAAUGUCCUUUCCCCCCUGGAUCAGACCUGGCACAAAAAUGGCAUCUGAUAAAACAACAUACAGCCCCUGUGAGCCCACAUCCGAGUUUUUUGGAAACGUUUGACCAGUCUAUUUCGACUGAGGACGAAGAAGAUCGGUUGCGCGAAAGGCGCCGACUUAGUAUCGAAGAGGGUGUCGACCCACCUCCCAACGCCCAAAUCCACACCUUUGAGGCUGCCGCACAAGUGAACCCAGUUUAUAAGCUUGGACCAAAACUAGCACCUGGCAUGGCCGACAUGUCUGGGGAUGCGAAUGCCGCUUGUCAAGGGGGUUGCGAGUCUGAAGAAGAUACCACCACUCUCUGUCUGCAGUCCCGGAGGCAGAAGCAACGGCAGUUUUCCGGAGACAGCCAUACCCAAAUCAACAAACAAGGGGCCUGGAAAGUCCACACGCAGAUUGACUACAUUCACUGCCUUGUGCCGGACUUGAUUGAGAUUAUGAGCAACCCGUGUUACUGGGGCGUCAUGGAUCGAUACGAGGCAGAGGCUCUCCUGGAAGGCAAGCCGGAAGGCACAUUUUUGCUCAGGGACUCGGCACAAGAGGAUUAUCUGUUCUCCGUGAGCUUCCGGCGCUACAACCGAUCUUUGCACGCUCGCAUUGAGCAGUGGAACCAUAACUUUAGCUUUGACGCUCACGACCCGUGUGUGUUUCACUCAUCCACCGUCACGGGGCUUUUAGAACAUUAUAAAGAUCCUAGCUCUUGCAUGUUUUUCGAACCUUUGCUUACUGUCCCCUUAAACAGAACCUUCCCGUUCAGUCUGCAGUAUAUCUGCCGGGCGGUUAUCUGUAGGUCCACUACCUAUGAUGGAAUCGAUUUCCUUCCCCUGCCCUCAAUGCUACAAGACUUCCUGAAGGAGUACCAUUACAAACAGAAAGUCCGUGUCCGGUGGCUGGAAAGGGAACCCGUUAAGUCCAAAUAAAGUGGCGCAGCCUUUGUGUUUCUCCAGUUCCCCCCAAACCUUCUGAAAUAGCACCUCAUAGACUUAGGAUAUGCUUAACGUGUAUCAGUUUAUAAAGCACAUUUACCUGUAUUUAGUUAUGACCGUAUCUCACUUCAAGCUUUAAAUGUUCGAGUCAAUGAUCUUCUGCCCUUGAGGAGACAGAAGUACAUUCUUUGGAACCAUGAAGCAGAACACUGUACUGCAUGUUCUAUUGAAUGCCGACACUAAUAUAUUAUUCUACUAACACUUGCUUCUCCUUCCAGGCCGUAGCCGUAUUUAGGAGGCUUUCUAACCGAUAUCUAUCCACAAAUGUGCAGUAACUUAAAGAACCAGUUGAACGAACACAUGUAAUUAUAGGACCCCCUGAAGGCAGUUGCUUACCCCCCAACUUUUAUUGCAAGCUUCGUUUGAAUUGUAUGACGGAAUAAUCAGCAAUAUUGUGUUACAUACCAAGCAAAUCAAGCUAUUAAACUGGUGCUUAAAAACUCGUUUCAACAAAAGAAAUAAGUCUUGAAUUAGCUGAAUUUUUUUUUUUCGGGAUGAUUGUACCAGUAGACGUGGUGUCACCUGUCCACUUGGAAAGCGUUGGAGCAUGGAUUUUCACUUUGAUUAGAGUACUUAAUUGGCAACAUAGAAUGUCAUCAUUUUCCCCCUCUUUUUUUUUUUUUUUUUUUUUAAUCCAUUUUAGGUCAAAAUGUUAUAGAACUACAGUCCCCAGAAUCCUUGUGCCUGCUCGUUGGGGCUGGGGGGUGCUGGAUGGUGCCUACACCUUGCUAUAGCCUAUUGAAAAGGGUGAAGUUUAACAAAUGAAAAAAUUGUGCAGAAUUUUUUUUAUCUAAUGCCAUUACAAAUUUGCACAUAGUGGUUGAGCCUAAAAAUAAAAAAAUAAAAAAUACUAAGGUGCUAAUAUGAAUGAAUGCAGCAUACGCUGGGUCAGUCUGGCGGUUCUAGGUGCUAUUAUAUGAAGCACAGCGGUUUGAGGUUGCUUUUCAUCUAGAAAUGGGAAACCAUUCACAGGGGGGCAACAGAAUAACAAGUGAAAAGAUUUAAACAAUUUUUGUCCAGUUAGUGGUGCAUCUCUGACCUUUCCCAUGGGGAACUUUGUUGCCCCUGUAGGUUUUACAGCUCUGCGGAUGAGCAACAAAAUGCUCGGAAUUGCCUCUCAUUCAUUCCUUUGCAAACGUUGUGCACCUGUGGGUAGAGUCCUGCAACAGGUCGGGUACCUGCGUUUUACCCGCAAAAAAAGUACCCUGUCCGAUGAGGGUAGGAGUUUUGGGUGCGGUAUAAAUGUGGGUCAGGUUGCGUGUCUCAUCUAAAUUUCUUAUCUUCUGUUAUAUUGUCUAUUUUACAAACCUUUUUCUGCCCUGCCCGCUUUUGAUGAUGUCACUUCCGUUUGCAGCAACAGCACUUCCUGUUUAAUGGUGGUCGGCGGAUUGGGUUGUGGAUAAGGCAGUUAUUAUAGUAAUAAGGCAGAUCAAAGUGGGUAAAUAUGUAGGUUGCGAUUUGGGUAGUGGGCUUCGGGUCCGGGUUUCAUAAAUAUGUACCGCGCAGGACUACACCUACGGGUGCAGGCAAUUAGCAUGGAGAGUUAACAAGAGGUUAUUCAAUAGGGCGGUUUCUUGGGUCUAGUGAUGUGCAGGUUGACCCCCAUCCUAACCCAGUGCACUACGGUAUUUAUAGGCCCUCUCUGCCCUGAUGUUACCGAAGGGGUAUUGUAAUAAAGCAUUGAAGGGUGGAGGAAGUGGGUCAUUGUAAGGUUGCAGGAGGGGUGAGCAGUGGCCCGCUGAGAUUGUGUGUAAGUCAACCUGACCCACCCGCUAGUUUAGGCCAGCCCCCCACAUCACUACUUGGGUCCCCACUUUCAUGCCGUUGUUCAAAAGCAGAGUAGUCGUGAUUGAGACGCCACCUUUUCCCCUACUGCAAUAAAUAAAUUGUAAAGUCUUGGGAGGAAGAAAUUUAAAACUACAACAAAGCGCAUGUUAAGGAACUGAAGCCUCAAUGGUUUUAAAAUAAUAAAUGUCACCAAAUCUCCAAUGCGUUCCUCUUCCCAGUCUGAAUUGAUACAAGUAUUUGAACAUUCAGUUGUGGUGUUUAAUACACAACCAACAUGUUUCUUUUAAUGGUACAUUUUAUAAAGGUGCUCUGAUUAUAUUCUAACUAUAUUAUAAAGCACAAUAAGGUGCAAAUAAAGUGGAACCUCCAUUUUACAUCC